CACCUCGCAGAGAUACAUAGUACGUAAAAUGGGAUCUGAAGUGACAUCGAUUAGGAAUCAGGUUCUGGCUGGUCGACCGUGUCCCCGAGCAUAAAUAUCCCCGACCGGGACACCCUGGUCUCGGUAGCCGAUCCAACCACACUGACAUAUCUUCAUCACCGACGCAACUCAGCACUAGCGACCAAGCCCUCAACUUAAACCACCCGUGUUCACAUCAAAAUGGCUCACAACACCAACCCCGGCAACUUCUCCAACCGCCCCCACGAGGAAGUGCAGAACAUCGCCCGCAAGGGCGGCCAAUCCAGCCACUCCGGCGGGUUCGCCAGCAUGGACGAGGACAAGCAGCGCAACAUCGCCUCGAUGGGCGGCCACGCGUCCAGCGGCAGCUUCCAACCGGGCGACCCGCGCGCCCGCGAGGCCGGCCACAAGGGCGGGCAGCACUCCGGCGGCAGCUUCGAGCCCGGCGACCCCCGCGCCCGCGAGGCUGGCCGGAAAGGCGGCUCCCGCACGGCGGACACCCCGGAGGAGUAAACAGUAAACCAGCGGGCCGCAGCCCCUCAGCCUCACCACCCACCGACGAUGUUUUGAGCAGUUGGGGGUGUUCGGGGAAAUCUUAUGAUGAACGUGACGUGAUGCGACGCUUAUGACGUGCAAUGAUUUUGAUUGUAUUUUUGCUGUCGUUGUGCGAUAUGGAAUGGCGGUUGACAGGGAUCGGGGAACUGUACGUUAGGCAUCUGGUUAUCAGAACGCUAUGGCAAUGGCAAAUAGCGGUGGAUUCAUGGAUUCACGUACUGUAUACUCCGAAAGAAUCAAAGUGGCCCGAGU